AUGCUGGUAUUCCGUCACCACACAGCCGUCUAUGAAGAUUGGUCUUUGGAUCAAUCGAUUCAGUUCCUCAAGGAACAGGGUAUCGCCAUCAAAGAGUCUGCAAAUUUGGCAGAGAUCCAAAAGCAGAUAGCUGAUCAUGCUGACGCUGCCGCUACCUGGGGAGCUGGUGCUGCCGGUGUUGCUCAGGCCCACUACGAGGUAUACAGUCAGGCUGCCAUUGAUACAUGGACCGAAAGUCAAUUAAGAGAAUGGUUGAUGGAGAAGGGCGUUGUCUCUCCUUCGUCUACCAGAGAACAAUUGCUCGUUUUAGCCAAACAAAAGGCCUCCGCUGCUUCCACCGCCAUCUACGGUCAUCCUACCGAUCAAGCCGCCUCUUCAAUUUCCUCUGCCUACAAUUCACUCUACACUCAAGCCUCCAACAUUCCAGGUAAAGCCGCCAAGAAGUUUGACGACACGAAGGACUACAUCUUUUCCACAUGGGACGACAACCAAUUGCGCACCUGGCUCGAAGAGCACAAUGUCAUUGCUACACCUGCUCCGACCGGUCGCGCUGCCCUGUUGAACAAUGUGCGCGUUGCCUACCUCAAGGUCACAAAUCCUAUAUACGAAGCAUGGUCGAACUCUGCAAUGCACGAAUGGCUCAUCGAGCACGGUGUCAUCCCUCCUGAACCCACCGCACGUGAGAAGCUCCUGGAUGCCAUGAAGAAGAACUACUACGAAACCAAGGACAAAGCGUACAGCUCUUGGUCCGAUAGUGAAAUGCGUGAUUGGCUCAUCUCGGAGGGUAUCAUCAAGACGGAAGCUGCUCAGCUCAAAAAGGAAAAGUACGAGAAACUGCUCGAUGAACACUACACCCGUGCCAAAUCUACAGCAUGGGGAUCCUGGUACGACAGUGAAAUGCGCGCUUGGCUUGUCGAACAUGGUUACCUCAAAUCGGACUUGGAGGUCAAGCGUGAAGAACUCGUCAACCUCAUGUCAGCCAAGUACAAGGAUGCUACGGCCACUCCUUAUCUCGCUUGGCCCGAUGCGAGGCUUCGUGCACAGUUGAGAAGCUACGGAAUCGAUGACACCAAAUACGCAUCCCGCCCAUCACUCUUGCACGAGGUUCGAAUUCAUUAUGUCCAGUCCCAAAACAAGGUCGAACAGAUCCUCGGUGCUAUUCGCGAUGCUGUUUCGAACAGUGUUGACUUUGCCGAGGAAAAGCUCUCCCAAGUUCUUGAGCUCUUAACGUCAGGCAAGUUGACUGCCGAGGAGAAGUACGAGAAAGUGAAAGCUGCUGCUUCCGUGUCCCUAGAGCAUGCUGCCAGCUCUAUCAGCUCGUAUGCCGUGGCUGCCGCCGCCUCUGCCACCUCGGCCGCCUCAGUUGCUUCCGACAGCGCCUGGUCGUCUGCUGCUUCCGCUUCAUCCGCCGCCUCUGCCGCCGCGGCAUCUUUGUCCAAGACACUUUCCGCAUCCGCCUCUUCAGCUUCUGCGGUCGCUGCCAAAUCCGCCGGUAUUCCCUCCCUCAGCAGUUCCGCCUCAAGCAUCAGUAAAUCAUUCUCUUCCGCCGCUUCAUACGCCUCGAGCUCUGCUUCAUCCGUCGCCUCCUCCGCCUCUUCAGCAGCAUCCGUCGCUGCUCACAAGGCAUCCCUCUCCGCAUCUUCGUUCGCCGUCUCUAUCACCCGUUCGGCGCAACAAGCUGUCUCUGAGGCCAGCGCCUCCGCCUCGAGCGCUAGCAAAGUCUUGAGCUCUUCUUGGAGCUCGGCGAGUAAGAGCGCUUCGUCUUACUCUGCCAGUCUGAGCAGCGUCUCGGCUGCUGCUAGCAAGAGCGCAAAGAAGGAGUUGUGA